CAUACGUGAGACCAUGGCCCAGCUACAAGACCUGAAGAAUCAGCACCUGGCCAGGAAGUCAGAGGUGAAUGACAAGAACCACGAAAUGGAGGAGAUUCGUAAGAAACUGGGGGGUGCCAACAAGGAAAUGACCCAUUUACAGAAGGAGAUGACAGCCAUUGAGACCAAGCUUGAACAGAAACGCAGUGACCGCCACAACCUGCUACAGGCCUGCAAGAUGCAGGACAUCAAGUUGCCACUGUCUAAGGGCACCAUGGACGAUAUUAGUCAGGAAGAGAUGGCAGAAGACAUCAAGUCCAAAUGCAAGACAGAGGAUAAAAGAGAGCUUAAAACAGAGCUUGCAAGCUGGUAUCCUGCUGAACAGACCCAGUCUACAGAUGUGUUUGGUUUGGCCUAUAAGAAUUAA